AAUGUCAACAUCCCACAGUACAGGACUUUAAUGCAACUACCUUGCUCGACUAGUUGCCAGAAUAUGACACAGUCUAAGAGUAAAUAAGUGAACGUUGGUGAACAACGAAGUGCAGGACAAGUUGUAAUUGCACUCUAAAGGAAUCAAGUAGCUGUCAUGAUCAGGUUAUGCGCCCUGACGCAGCGGCGGUCGGCGGCGACGAUUGUCGGGAGAUGGCUGGACUUUCACCGGGGAGCGCGAGCGGCUUCACAAGGCCUGCUGAGAUGCCAGACUCCCAAUCAGCCGUACUCCUCUGGCCCACAAGCAGCCUCCCACCCACAGCUGGAUCCACCUGUCAAGCCGUUCUCAGCACUCCCUGAGCCCAUGAAAGGCAUGCCAGGGAUUCUGAAGUUCCUGGUGGUCUUGUGUACCGGUGGCAUGUCUCGAAAGGCACAGUUGAAAAGCCACAUGAUGAUCGGCCAAUUGUUUCAGAUGUAUGGUCCCAUUUUAAGGAAUAGAUUUGGGAACUUUGAUAUGGUAAACACCUGCGACCCUGACGCGGCCCGAGAAGUCUUUAAGGUAGAGGGGAAGUACCCCGAGCGGCUGGACAUAGCUCCAUGGAGGCUGCACAGGGAGGAUGCUGGCAAGGAACUGGCUGUCCUGCUCGGCAACGACAAGAAAUGGCACAAGAACCGUACCGUGGUUAGCCGCCCAAUGCUCCGUCCGCAGAGCGUAGCGGCGUACGUGCUGAAGAUCGAUGACGUAGCGACCGACAUGCUCCAGCAUAUCCGAUCCGUCAGGGCUGGACCGGAAGGGACAGAAGUGCUUGACCUGGAAAAUGAGCUCUUCAAAUGGGCUCUGGAGUCAAUCUCAGCAGUUUUGUUCAACGAGCGUAUGGGGCUCCUUCAGGAUAACAUUCCCCAGGAUGCCCAGGACUUCAUCAAUGGUAUGCAUGAUGCUUUUGACUCCCUUACUCGGGCAAUGACGCCAGAUGCACGACUCCACAAGCUUCUGAACACCAAGAGUUGGCAAAAGAACAAGCAAGCAUGGGACACUGUUUUCAAGAUAGGAGAAAAAGUGAUGGACCGUCAGCUUCAGCGAGCGGAGGAGCGCCAGGCCCGAGGUGAGGCAGAUGACGGACAGCUGGACUUCCUGUCGUUCAUCAGCAGUAGGGAGAAACUCACCAAGGAGGAAAUCUACGCCAACGCCAUCGAACUGAUGGGAGCAGCCAUUGACACAACCUCCACCACCCUCCUCUGGACCCUGUACCAGCUGUGUCACCGACCCGACCUGCAGGACAAGCUGUACCAGGAGGUCACGCAGGUCAUAGGUCAGGAUGAGGUCAUCACCUUUGAUCACCUGAAGAACCUGCACCUCUUCAAGGCUGUCAUCAAGGAGACACUGAGGUUGCAUCCUGUAGCCUUCGCCAUAACUCGUGUGAUUCAACAGGACACUAUUCUCAUGGGGUACGAGAUUCCUGCAAAGACUGUUGUGAUGGUGAGCCUUUAUGACAUGGCCCGAGAUCCCCGGCUCUACAAACACCCUGAGGAGUACCGGCCUGAGCGCUGGCUCCGGGGUGCAGAGGACUACGUGGACACCCAUCCCUACGCCUACCUGCCGUUUGGGUUUGGAACGCGCAGUUGCAUUGGACGACGAGUGGCAGAAACCGAGUUGCAAGUACUUCUGGCAAAGAUUUGUCAGCAGUUUGUUCUGAAGCAGAGGAACCCCAGAGUCAUCCCUGCCAUGACAAAAGGAAUUUUGAUGCCAGCUGAGAAAAUGGACAUUUGCUUCAUUGAGAGGCAGUGAGUGGGGCCCAUCAUAAUCAUGUAUGAUUAUUGUACUAUAAUGAUUUUCAAUAACUCAUCUCCAUUUUAUAUCUCAUAACCAUGGCAGUCCUUUGAAACCAUUCUUCUGCAACUGAUCUGUGUCUACAUCACUGUUAUGUUUUUACAUAUAUACUUAGCUGAUAUUGUCACUGUAAUUCUGGAAGUUUGUUAAUCUUUAUUGCGUGCUCUCUGCACUGAAUAAAUAACAAAAUGUAUCAAUGUCAAUGUUUGAUACAUACAUAUACAAUGCAGGGUUCGAAAUAGACAUACUUAACUUGCAAUUUGCACAUAAUUUUUGAGAUUUGCAUGUAAAAAUUUUCUGAACUUGCAAUCUUGCAUGUUGAAAAUACAUGGCCUAUAGUAAAAAUACUGAGGCCACGAUGCCUUUGUUUGUCUGACAGGGAUCGUCACCGGUUGUCAGUAGGUGUUACAAACAAUCAACUUCGGCUUUGCUGCAAACUAACAUGCUGAUUAUGUGGAUAUCUUUCCAAAAUUUGCAGUUCUGUCUUUAUUUUCUUGUGCCAAUUUCAGUCCAUCAACAGUGACAGAAUGGGCAAAAUUCUUAUCCAUCCAGAGCAGCAACAUUCCACCAAAGUACAGAAUGAUGGAUGGUGGCUAGUACAUUGCAGUAUAGACGAGUUGUAUUUUGCAUGUAAAUAUUUUAAAUUGCACGUAAAAUUUUUGCCAACUUGUAAUUUUGCAUGUAGCAAUAAAAAAGUAUUUCGAUCCCUGCAAUGCAUAUAACUUUAAGGGAUUAAAAUUUCUGAUGUCUGCAAUAUGAUUUACAAUACUGUGUCUGUAUUGUUUUAGCUUGUCGAUUUCUAUAAAUAGUGUAUAUUUUUAACAAUUAACCGCCUUUGUGAUACAUUUUGUAUAUUCAAUAAUGUUUAAAGCAUCAUGGCACUUUUAUAAGAAACAAGAAGCCAGUCAUUUGAUUGGGUUAAUCUUGAAUAGUUUUGGCCAACAUGUAGCCAAGUUCACUAAUUAUACAAGAUAAAUGACAGACAUGAGACAUCACCAGGUGUUGUCAUCCAUGAGACCAAUGUAUGGAUACAUGUAGUUACUGUGUCUACAUGUAGUUGUCUGAUUUCCACACCUUUAAAUGUAUGAAGGCUGUAUAAAAGUAUAUGAUAUGGAUUUAAA